AAAAAGCAGUACAACUUGGUGCAAAAUGACGACUACGAUACCAGAAUACCACUACACUCCGAUGAAGCAUUUCAACAUGGCAUAACAUUCCAAGCUAAGGAUAAAUCAUCUUACAGAGCAUAAUGUUUAGCUGAUCAUAUCAGAAGUGAAUCGUAACAAAUAAUUACGUUGGAGUGCUUACUCGUAGUUAAACAUACCUACGUUCGAAAGACAUCAUAACAAAGAGUUGGUCACGUUGUGUUGUCUUUGGUAUAGUGAAGUAAUGUGCAUAAACGAUACAAUAGUUGUGCUACUCGUAUGUCUAUGAGUCUAUGUAGAUGUACAUACCUGUGUAGUGUGCAUUGUUGCAAUGUUGCAUUAGGUUAAUUUUUCAAGUAUCUGAGACUAUAUCGGUGUCUUUGUUUAUUUCGAAACUCUGCAUCUGCAUUAAAUGCUUCCCUUGGGCGUGUCGUGAAUAUAAUUAUAAUAACUUUAUGUGUACAUUGUAGCUGUAGCCUAUGUGGUAGCUUAAGAUAAGAGUCUUUGUCACCCACUCGACCACUCUCCUCUAUAAACAACUAAUGAGGGUAUCAUCAGCAGCUUAUGUGUAUACCAUACCUAUCUUCGAUUUAUACCAUAUUUUGUCAGUUUAAACCACGUCUACUCGUAUAGGAGUAAUUUUAGAUGCCCUUAUAAUUUGAUGUCUCUGAAGCAGACUUAUUUUUGAAAACAGAAAAAACUACGUGAAAAUAAUCAAAAGUUGAAUUUUUUAAUAUGGUUUUUGGAAUAGUCUUUUGUACAUAAAUAGACAUGAAAUUUUAUUCCGAAAAUGACAGAGGCGUAGCCAAUGAGGGGUGGGGGGGGGUCUCGACAUCCUCCCUUGAGCUCAGGGUCGCCGUUAAAAUUUGACGAUUAAAAUAUCUCCAAUACACAUGCAUUCAAAAACUCCCAUUUUUUUUUAGACCCCUUGAAGGGUUCAUUAGUCAAUUCGGGCUUAAAAUUGGUUGAAAUGAAAAUCCCGAAACCGGAACCGAAAAAAUGUUUCCAAUCCCGAAACCAGCUCCGAAACCGAAAUAAAAAUUUAGAAGAAUAAAACUAGAACAAAUCCAAUCCCGAAAUGAAUAAAUUUUGAUCCCAAAACCGAAACUCAAUCCCAAAAUCGUUUCGGAUCCACAGCUCUGGUAAAAAUAUGACAUUAUUGAUCAAUAAUUUUGAAAAUUUUCAGUCUAGAAAGAGACUUAUAUGCCGACUUUUUUGAAACUUAAUAGCACAUUUUUGAAAUAUUUUGCCCUCGCUUUGCUCAAGCUUAGUAGGUACAGUUUUUCCAUUUCUAAAUUUCUGCACCUGUUCAAGGUAGACGUACCUAUUACCUAACUCUUGAAGAUGUCGAAUGGAAUUACGAAAUUGGCUUCUUGUGAAAAAAAUCAUAAUUUUACUGGGUAACUGCAUGGGUUAUGAUUUUAUUUUCAACUGUUGAUUUUUCUUUUUCAAAGUAAAACUUUUCUGAAAAUCUAUUAUUCAAACUCAAAAAAAUGUGCAUGCACGUAAAUCCAAAAAUGAACUCCUCAGAUCUACGAAAAAAAAUGUUUUUUUACUCCUCAAAACACGAAAUUUCGAGGGCUUUUGCCCUAACUUUGUUUGGGCUCUUUUGCUUUUCUGCUUCAGACUUGAAAUGUCUAAACAAAAGCAUUCAAAUUCUGAAAUUUCGAAACCAAAACAAUCAACCUUCUCUUUAAAAAAAAAAAACAUUGUCCUUUCACAUAUUAAAAUGAGAGUUUUCUAAAGCUUUUGCCCUCGCUACGCUCGGGCUAAUUUUUUUUUCUUUUUUUAGAAUAAUAAGAUGGACCUUUCUCACAUAAACCAAACCCCCCCCCCUCCAGAUAUGCUCUGGCUACGUCACUGAGAGCUGAUAUGCACAGAUAUUCCAAUUCAGCAGUGAGCCCAGUGGCUCCUUCAAAACGGGUUAAGAAUACGCCAUAAUUUGAUUUUUUCUUCUGGAGAAAUUUUGAAUUAGCGGAGAAAUGGAAAAUCGCGCUAGACGCUCCAGAAUGACCAGAAAUUAUGAAAUUCGGUUCAAGGGAGUUGGUAUUAGUUUUAGGACAGGUUUCCAUCAUUUUUACUCAAUAAUUUUUUUUUUAAAUCGCCAAAAUAAAUAUGGUCAAUGUUGAAUUUUCAAAAAUGCUCCAAAAAUCGAAAAAUCAAUUUGAACAACUGAAAUUUUGGUUAUGAGAGUUUCAGACUAUGCUCUUUCCAAAAAUCGGUGUGCUGCUCAAAUCGAAGGCGGACAUUUCGAGAAGUUCCUUUGUAAAGUAAAAAAGUCAAAGGGAUCCUUUUAAAAAUAAAAAUGACACUUUUUAUGUGGAGGGGGGGGCUUGGAAAUUAUUUUCAUUUUCUAGUUUGAAAGUUCCGAUUUGAUAGAAACCAAGCAAGAUCAAAACAGCAUGUCUAGAACUCUCGUAACCAAAAUUGUAAGUGCUAGAGCCCGACUCGAAAACCGCUCGUGGUGUGUCCUUUUUAAAGAUUUCGUUUUUUCAUUAAAUUUCUGGAAAAAAUUGAAAACUUUCCGGAGGUUUAGAAACGAUUUAAUUGCGAUUGUUCUCCAGUUGGUCAUGUAUAGAUGUAGACACACCAAACGAUACGAGGGGGGGUUGCUUUGUGAGGGAAGUACCCAAUUUUUGACCUCUGAAACCGGCUAAAAACAAUUUCAAGUUGUUUUGAGUAGGUUAAAGCUCUCAGAAAUGUUUGAACGUUCGGCACAAAAAACGCUUGGAAAUUUUCCUGCGUUCUAUUUUCAACAUUCUGAGAUUACUGAGGGCGGUUUACUCCCGUUCUGUGGCUUUCAAAAACAUUUCAAAAUUUUAUUUUAGUUCAUAUUUUUAAAAAAAUUGACUUCGAAAUUCAACACUGGAACUGGGAUGCUCCCGGUUGACUCAAAAUCAGAACCGAUUUCACUCGAUUUGAGAUGUUGACCGUGUGAUCAUUGAUUAAAGCCUAUAGUGUGGUUUGAAUCAACGAUAUGCUAUAUCUCUAAUCCUUCUCUCAUUAAAGGAACCUACAUAGGUAGGCAACACAAGAGGCCAGGGUUUUUUCUCUCGAACGAGUUCCGAAGCUUUUUGAAAGAGAUAUUGUUACCUCGGUUAGAAAGCCCACGCUGUUUAUUCGAGUAAGAGCGAAAUUAUCGAAAAUAAAUUUCAGCUUUUCGGAGUAAUUCUAGAAAUACGUACCUAAGAUUAACUGGAAAUCUGAACCUUGAGAGGAGCAAAAAAAUGUUAUUCGAAGAUAAAACCAAUUUAGUUUUUUUCUCGUGAUAAAUACGCAGUAGCGCGUAAACUCGCUUUUCUUUUUCUUUCUGUAGCCAAGAAUACAAACCGACGAAAAUUUUUCCCUGUGAAAGUAACCGAUACAAGAAUCUUUCCGGAUUUCUAAAAACUACAAAACAAACAAUUUACCAAUAAAGUUUCCGCCGAGUUGCGAAUCAACGUAUAUCUUAGAACUGUCGGUAUUAGUGAAAGAAUUGAAAAACUUUUUCCCCCUCGUCACUCGUGUCCACGUUGUUUUAUAUUCGCCAAAACAACGAAACAAAUAAAACCCCCUUGUUAAGAAACUUAACGAAUGUACUAUAGCUGUAGUGUGGGUAACCUUAUACGAACAAAAAAUUUAUCAUCACAGGUAGAUGGUAGAUCUACUCGUAGAUAGGUACUUGGAGUUUCAAUUACACUGGUAAUUUUUUUCACGUGUGUUCGAAUUUUGAUGAGUUGACGAGAUUAUUGUCUGACUAACUAUGAGCUUUGUGUGAGAUCUAUUAUUCAUUUUUAAUUCGAUUAAACAUCGCCGACGUUGUUCAUUUUCACGUGUAAGCAAAAUCUGUUGGAUAGGUACAUACGUCUUGCUUGUAUGUUGUAUGCGGAGUGGACGCGAUCGUGCUUUAUUUUGAAAUAUUUAUCGUGUAAAUUCUUCUACAUACGUUUACACGUGUUCACAAGGUGAGGGAAUAACGAACCAACCGAGUAAAUAGAACGCAGGAGUGUCGUUUACAUUUUGUCGUGUCGAACGAUAAGAUGGUCGUCAAAGAUUUUGUGUCAUCAAAGGAGAGGCUCUAGUUUUUAGCUUACAAUUAGUUUUUUAUUGCACAUGAUGAUAGAUGCUUGACGCUUGCAAGUUACUCGUUAUGUACAAAAUAAGAUGGUUUUGAACGACUGUCCAACUUCCGGUUUUGAGAUUUGAAUAUAAUCAAGAUUUCAAUAGGGUAUUGGGAGAGGAGCGUAAGAGAGGUCGGAUAAAAAAAUUGAGCUAAUAUUCAAACCACGUGCCAUCAAAUAUGUAAAUAAUAAUCGAUAUGUUACUUUUAAAAAAAAAAUUUUCGUUAAUAACUUAAUCACAUUCGUUUUUAAUGCGAUCGAGAUCAUAUUUGAGUCUUUUUUCGAUCCAAAAAAUACCCGCAAGGUACUCGAUGAAAUGAAUACGCCGAGUUUAAUCUUACAGCUUUACGAAGCUUUUACGUGCACGGCAAAAUAUAAGCCUUUAUUUCGACUAAAUUUCCUUCAUAAAAUUUUGCUCGUUCCGAAGAAAAGUUUUCCACUUUAUCGAACAUUAAGUUGAAAGUCCAGCCGGAAUUGUGUACAUUUGAUAUAAAUCUGAGUAUAAGAUUUUUCCCGUCUGUCGUAUUUUUCGCGAUAUAAGCCUUAUUUAUUACAGAAAUGUUUUUCGGUAUUUUGGACUUAUAUACUCGACUACUCGUAUACCAGUACAAUGAGAAAUAACUCGCUAGAUUAGAUUUAAUAUUGCAGCCCGAAAUUAUUUCAGGAUACGUUUCGUCGAAAAUGUCUACCAUAAAUAUGUCUCAAAAGGCAAGAAUUAUCGGUCAAAUGUAAAUUCAAAUUCCGUUUGUUGAAUUCAACUGCAUUUGUAACAGCUCGACAAAAAUCAAUCUCGCAAUGAGGUCAGCUGAUUGGUUUAUACGUUAAAGGAUAGGUACCUAUUCGUUGAUUUAGCCUUUGUGUUUGUAGUAAAGGUCGUUUUAUUUCAUUUCAUAUUGUCACAUAACUAUUUAAUUAUUCAUUUGAAACUUUUUUUUUCGAAGCUGUUUCUUUUUUUUGAAUCAAUUUAGAAAUUUUUCAAUAAUUCCUACAAUAUUAAUGAAAGAAAUAUUUCGUGGUAAAUAUUGACCUGGAACAAUUAGGGAUGGAAAGCAUUGUGUUAUUUUGAGGUACGAAUCGAAGAUUCAACUUUCGUGGUAUUACCAACACCUUCUACAAAUGUGUCUUUCCUUGAAAAAGUUUCCUCAGUAAUAAACAGUUGGUUUUUACUCCUAUUUUUGUAAGUUUGCAAAUUGAAAAAUGUUUGAAACAAGUUGAGCUAGGUACUUUUGUUUUCACGCUGUCUCAUUUAAAUUGCUACGUACGUAUGCAUUCACUUUGUAUUCGUUACUAGAAGAUUGAAACAGGAAAAGGAUGGAAUUUUUUGGGUCGACAUAUGAAAAAUUUAGCAACUGUUUGUACGGUUCUGUUACCGUUGGCGUAACAAGUGGGUAGACUGGGUACUCGUUUAUCAGAUGGAACGUAAUGCACCAAGUUAUGGUAGUUCAGCGAGCGUGAAUUUUGCAAAAAAAAAAUGAUAAAACUGUACCGAUAAAUCAUAAAACCUUUAUGGUUGAUUGGAAAAUUUUACGUCUUGUGAGUUAUGUUUAUACGUAUACGAAUAUGAAUAAGUAAUUCAAUUAUGUACUUUUCAGCCCAUAAGGCUAAUUCGUGCGUGAAACAAUAUCUCAAAAAAGGUACGAUACAAUGUACUUUUUCGUGCUGCUGUGAAAUUGUAUCCUAUUUCGAUUUUUAUCUCGUUCAUCGUUGACGAGAUUUUGACACUUUUUUUUUGUUACCAUUGAAUUUGAAAGUUUACUGCUCUUGAAAUAUAAUGUACCUAUACCUACCAUCGUUUUCAGUGCGGAAAUCUAUGAUGUUCCUCGUUUUGAAAUUAGAAAAAUUUUAUAAUUGAAGGGAUACAUUUUGACCUGAAUAUAUCUUAAGCAUUAUAGAGCUGCGACAGUGUAAGAGCGAUAAGCUCCUUUUAAUGUCUCAUUAAGUAACAAAAGGGAUCUCAUUUUGUUGCAUUAAAGAAGGCACUUUCUUCUAUGUAGUAAUACGAAAAUAUUCGGCAUUGUUUGAAAAUCAGCCAUUACGCGUUAGAACUGUAGCCUUUUUUCGCUAAUUUCAGCGUAUUUCAUGUUUCGUUUAAUUUAAUUGUGAGCACCCUCGAGUGUUUAAUGUGGGUUAAUCUCGCGACGUUAUCCUGACAUAACUGGUGCUGUUAAGCGUUGAGUCCUUUUGAAAUUGGCUCAAUAUCAUCAUUGUCAGUGUGAAAGGGAUAAAAUAAACGAAGAGAAGAGGGACUGGUUCGAGCUUCCAAGUUUACAAUUUGAUAAAUAAUACUCGUUUGAUGGAAAACGAAACAUUUGGAAGAUUUUAACGGAGCUUUUGAGAAUCGUUUGAGACACAAUGGGAGGUAUCCAUUUGGCAAAAAUGGAGCAAAUUCAUUCAUUGCGACUUUUUUUUACCGUGUAGGGUUUUAUUCUAUACGUAGUACCGUAAAGAGCAACGAGCAACAAGAAGACCAAACGUAUGUGGUUUUGUUUCAAACGUAAUACCGUAAAGAGCGACCCUCUAUAUGCGUGUAUGUGUGUGCCGUGUAUUUAGGCAUAUUUAGUCACGGUCAUUAAAAUAUUGUCGUGAUCGUUUUACUGCUCCCUAUUCGAGCAAACAAAAUUAUUGUAAAACCACCUUACGGAUGGUCUUCUCGUUGCUCAUUGGUCCAUAGGAUUUUAACAAAUCAUAUAAAUAUAAGCUGUAUUUGCUUACAUAUUCAGUUGUUCCAGCUUUGUUGAAAUAUACGCUUCUCUUACUGCUUAGUUCUCUCUCGCUUUUUUCUUUCUGCUUCUCUCUCUUGCAGUGCGAUCUUUCGCGCCCGCCUAAGGCAGUGCGAACUAUCGCGCCGGCAACCAGUCUCCCUGCAGUGCGAACUUUCGCGCCAGCCUCUGGCAGUGCGAACUUUCGCCAAUAGCAGUGCGUAUUUUCGCGCCCGCUUCGGCAGUGCGAAUCUCCGCGCCCGCUCCCUCCUAGCAGUGCGAAUUCUCCGCGCCAGCCUUCGGCAGUGCGGACCUUUCGCGCCAGCACCUAGGGUACUUAGGGUACAUAGGCUAAGUACACAAUUUAGUGUAUGUAGGUUGAUAUUUCCGCGAUCCGCGAACCAUAAGUCCUACAAGUGGUGCCGAAACCCGGGACCUUUAGAAAUUUCAUUGCUUAGUAUUUUUUUUUGCUUUCCCCUUUGAAUUUUUUUUCGUUUUCGUUCAUUUUUCGUUCCGGUUAAUUUCUUUAAUUUUUUUCGAUCGUUCUGAUUUUUUUUCACAAUUGAAAAAUUUUGUUUUCAAAAAUGAAUACCACCGCACCACCCAGCACAACUAUAAAUACUCCUACAACUAGUAUUCCUACUACCAUGCAUCCGAAUGGUAUGCCUAUUCUUACUCCACAACAAACUCCUAUUUCAGAUCCUAUAUUCUCUCUACAUCGACCAACAUUUCCGACCAUAACGAGAGUAGAUAAAAUACAACUGCCUGAAUUUUUAUAUUCGAAUCCUGGCUUAUGGUAUACUCUUGCUGAAAGGCAGUUAAAAACUCACCAAAUUUAUGACUCUGAGGAAAAAUUAGGCACUAUCACUGUUAAGUUGCCUCCUGAAGUACUUGGUCGUUGUAGCGAUAUUUUAGAGUCGAAACUUGCUGCGGCCUUAGUCUAUGACCAACUCAAGGCUCGAGUCAUUUCACUCUAUAAAGUUUCUGAGGAGGAAAAACUUGACGAAUUGUUAAGAAAAGUAGAGCUAGGUACCCGAAAGCCCUCUGCUCUUCUCAAUGAUAUGAAAAUUCUUGCUGGUCCUUAUUACAAUGACGAAUUAGUCAAACGAUUAUGGAUUCAACGUCUACCUCCUAGAAUGCAGGAGCAUAUCAGUAUCCAUAAAGUACCUCUUGACUCACUGGCGAGUAUGGCUGAUUCCUUACACUCAAUUAUGGGAAAUUCAUCAGGCUCUAUCGCUAGUAUUUCUACACCUGCCGUUCCUGAAAUUCCAACCCCAACUUUGGAUAAAAUAACUGAGCAAUUGAACAAACUUACUCAGCAAGUUGCAUCUUUAACUGCUUCCCGAGACAGUAGGUCCAGGGAACGCUCACCCUCAAGAGGAAGAUCUCCAUCCAGACCAAGAAAUCGUUCUCAAUCAAGGAAUAGAAAUUAUCGUUACUGCUGGUAUCAUUAUCGAUUUGGAGCAGAAGCUACUAAAUGCGUUCAGCCUUGCCAAUUUGUAAAUUCUACUCCAUCACCCAACCCAACCUCUGGAGCUGGUGGCUCCGGGGCCAAUUCGGGAAACUAACUCAGGGGUACGUGGCAGCGGCACACCAACCUCAUUAUUCGUCAUCUCGCCGCCUACAUGUUCGUGACCUCACCACCAAACAUGAAUUUUUAAUCGAUUCUGGUUCCGAUUUUUCUGUCUUACCUCCACGCUAUUCAAGAUUCAACGGCACUAACAAAUCGAAAUUAACUCCAAUUUUCUCAGUAUUUGGUGCCAAUAAUAGUCGCAUCGAUACCUACGGAUACGAAACACGUAAAAUCGAUUUAGGACUCUCAAAGAAAUUCGAGUGGACUUUCAUCAUAGCAGAUGUAGACAGACCAAUAAUAGGCGCCGAUUUUCUUUACGAAUUCAACUUAAUUCCUGAUCUACGACUACAAAAAUUAAUCGAAUCUGGCCAACACACUGUAAAAUGCACCAGUAAAAAACCUCGUACCUCUGGUGUUCACAUUAUUUCUCAGCCAGAUGAUGCCUACUCUCAACUACUUGCAAAAUACCCAUCUCUCAUCAGACCUGCUCCAUUUCUUGAAACACCAAAGCAUCCUGUUGAGCACUACAUUGAAACCACAGGACCACCAGUGUUUGCAAAACCUCGUCGCCUGCGCCAUGAAAUGUUCGUAAGGGCGAAAAAGGAAUUUGAUGAGAUGUUGAGACUUGGUAUAGUUCGUCGCUCAAAAUCUCCAUGGGCUUCUCCACUACUACUUCGUGAAAAAGGAGCCAAUGAACUUCGACCUUGUGGUGAUUACCGUCAGUUAAAUACCAUCACCACACCAGAUCGUUAUCCACUUCCAAACAUGAAUGAUGUUCCGCCAAAAAUACAACACGCCAAAUUAUUUUCAGUUAUUGAUUUGGUCAAAGCAUUCCACCAUAUUCCAGUUCGCGAAUGUGACAUUGAAAAAACUGCUGUCACAACGCCAUUUGGGUUAUUCGAAUACCUGAGAAUGCCGUUUGGUUUGCGCAAUGCUCCUCAAACCUAUCAACGUUUUAUGGACGCCAUGUUCAGGGACUUUGAUUUCGUCAUCUGUUAUCUCGAUGACAUUUUAAUUUUCUCAGCUAACGAAGAAGAGCAUUUACGCCACCUUGAAAUGGUCCUAAAACGACUUCAUGAAUACGGUCUUACCAUUAAUCCUCGUAAAUGCCAGCUAGGGAAAACCAAAGUCAAGUUUCUAGGACAUGAUGUUUCAGCUGAAGGUUUUGAACCAACUGAAUCCAACGUAGAACGCAUACUAAAAUUGCCUCUACCUCAAAAUGUUCAUGAGCUCAGGCGUGCAAUCGGCUCAUUCUCAUUUUACCGAGCCCACAUGCCUAAUAUCGCUUCACUACUUGCUCCCUUAAAUGACAUGAUUAAGGGACAUCCCAAAAAACGAGAUAAAACUCCAGUCAACUGGACUGAGGACACUAAAAAAGCCUUUGAAGAAUGCAAAAAGCUACUCGCCUCAGCCACUCAACUUGCAGUUCCAAAUUUUUCCUGUCCAUUCAUGCUCACUACAGAUGCCUCAGACAUUGCCAUAGGGGCUGUACUCGAACAAAUGCGCCCUGAUGGUACUAUUGAGCCAUUAGGAUUUUUCUCUCAAAAACUAACUGAGCCACAACAGAGAUAUCCAGUUUAUGAUAGAGAGUUAUUAGCUAUCUACGAAGCUGUCCAGCAUUUUCGCCAUCUUAUUGAAGGACAUCCUGAUUUCACCGUGUAUACUGAUCAUCAGCCUCUCACUUUUGCUUACACAAAACAGCCAAUCAGCAACAAGCGAUACAAUGCACGCAGAGCUGCCCAUUUGGACUCUAUUGCCCAACUCACCACCAACAUCAAAUAUGUUGCUGGCAAAGCAAACAUCGUUGCUGAUAUGCUGAGUCGCAUCAAUUCUAUCUCUGCCUCUGUAACUCCAGAAGAAAUUGCACAAGCUCAAAAUACUUGUCCCGAACUACAAGCCUGGAAAAAUGGUACUUCAUUAAUACCUUUGAAGCUCUCAGGUUACUUACUACCUGAUGGCACUUCAAUUUGGUGUCAUGAAAAUGAAAACAAUGGCCCCAAACAAAUGUAUGUACCCUCAACACUCAGGAUGAAAGUUUUUCAACAAGUGCACGACUUAUCUCAUCCAGGUCCUAAAGCUACUUUAAAUCUGGUUAAAAAACGAUAUAUUUGGCCAGGUAUCAAUCAAGAUGUACGUUUAUGGGCCAAAGCAUGCCAACCCUGCCAGAAAAACAAAACCAGCAGGCACACUCACUCACCAUACCAACCUCUUCCACUUUCAGACAAACUAGACCAUGUUCACAUUGACAUUGUUGGACCAUUAGCAGAAAGUAAUGGAAAAAAAUAUCUGCUAACAAUGAUUGAUCGUUUCUCACGUUGGUGUGAAUAUAUUCCAAUUCGUAACAUUGAAGCUGAAACUGUUGCAAGAAAAUUCUUUGAAGAGUGGGUAUGUAGGUAUGGUGUUCCUAAGCAAGUUACAACUGAUAGGGGUACUCAGUUCACCUCAGCUCUACAUGGUGAAUUAAUAGCACUUUUGGGGGCAGAUCACAUCACCACAACUGCUUAUCACCCCUCAGCAAAUGGCAUCAUAGAAAGAACACAUCGCCGCCUCAAACAGGCAUUGAGAUGCCAUAAAAAAACAUGGACUGAAGCUCUUCCUGUUGUCUUACUGGGAUUUCGUUCUGUGUGUAGAGAAGAUUUUCCUUAUUCACCUGCAGAAGCUCUAUUUGGCCAAUCCCUUAGAUUACCUGGUGAAUUUUUUGAAACUCAUACAACAACUAGCACUCUACCUCUUCCUGCAUACAUAGACCAGCUUAAAACAUGGUUUAAAGAAUUUCGUCCUUGCCCAGCAGAGCAUAAAACCUCACGAUCAUUUUUUGUACAUAAAGAUUUAAACACAUGUACUAAAGUAUACAUACGUGUUGACAAAGCAAGGAAACCUCUGGAUUGUGUAUAUGAAGGACCCUAUCCAGUUAUCCAGCGCCAUAAUAAAUACUUUAUACUCGAUGUAAAUGGCAAGCAAAAUACAGUUUCAAUUGACCGUUUAAAGCCAGCAUAUUUUUUUAUGGCGCCACCAAACGAAACAGAGGACAUUAAAAAUAUUCCCCUACACAAUAAUGAAGCCGCCAAUAUACCUUGGUCUACACUACCAUACGAAGUUGACAAUUCUCUUUCAACUCAAAGCGUUGCCGACAAGGGUAAUAAAACACCUAUUAAUAUUUCUUCCAACUCUACAUAUACUCGUGCUGGAAGAUUGGUGCAGGCACCCUCUCGCCUUGGCUACCUAAAUAGUUUGACAAAAAAUCAUGCGCGACAUCUAUCUUGGGCUACUACUCUCGUCACCAUAUACAAAUACAAUAAAAACUAAACCAUUCUCAAGUAAACAUCAACAUACUUCAUGUAAGAUGUAAAUUUGCCUAUUUCUUACAAAUUUUUUUUACCCAAUUUUUUGCUCUUAUUUUUACUUAUUUUUUUUCAAAUGGGUAAUGCACUUUUGUUAUGUUUACGUUUUGCACUUUUUUUCAAAUUUUUUUUUUUAGAAAAAUCCAUUUUUUUCAAUUUUUUUCUAAUUUUUAGUCGGCUCCGCCUCUAGGGGGGGAGUCUUGUAGGGUUUUAUUCUAUACGUAGUACCGUAAAGAGCAACGAGCAACAAGAAGACCAAACGUAUGUGGUUUUGUUUCAAACGUAAUACCGUAAAGAGCGACCCUCUAUAUGCGUGUAUGUGUGUGCCGUGUAUUUAGGCAUAUUUAGUCACGGUCAUUAAAAUAUUGUCGUGAUCGUUUUACUGCUCCCUAUUCGAGCAAACAAAAUUAUUGUAAAACCACCUUACGGAUGGUCUUCUCGUUGCUCAUUGGUCCAUAGGAUUUUAACAAAUCAUAUAAAUAUAAGCUGUAUUUGCUUACAUAUUCAGUUGUUCCAGCUUUGUUGAAAUAUACGCUUCUCUUACUGCUUA